AUGGUUAAACCAUUUCUCUCUCUCUCUCUCUCUCUCUCUCUCUCUCUCUCUCUCUCUCUCUCUCUCUCUCUAUCUAUCUAUCUAUCUAUCUCUUUCACUCGCUCGCUCUCCCCACUCCCUCUUCUCUAUUUACUCUCUCUCUCUCUCUCUCUCUCUCUCUCUCUCUAUCUAUCUAUCUCUUUCACUCGCUCGCUCGCUCUCCCCCUCCCUCUUCUCUAUUACUCUCUCUCUCUCUCUUUCUCUCUCUCUCUAUCUAUCUAUCUAUCUAUCUAUCUCUUUCACUCGCUCGCUCUCCCCACUCCCUCUUCUCUAUUUACUCUCUCUCUCUCUCUCUCUCUCUCUAUCUAUCUAUCUAUCUAUCUCUUUCACUCGCUCGCUCUCCCCACUCCCUCUUCUCUAUUUACUCUCCCUCUCCUCUCCUCUUUCAUUCUUUCUCUGGACUUGCCUCUUUUUUUUUAG